CUGGUAUACUUUGUUUUUCAGGAGGACCCAAAUGACAUCGAUGCCAAAAGGAAAGACAUGCAUGUCAGUGAUGGGGAGGAUAAAGCUCAAAGUGUGGAGACGUUACCUCCAGGCAAAGUUCGGUGGCAAGACUUUGAUCAAGAUGCUUAUGUUAGCGCUACCAUGGUGCGAUCUGGUCAGGAUCCAUAUGCUCGCAAUAAGUUUAAUCAGGUAGAAAGUGACAAACUACGAAUGGACCGAAACAUUCCUGACACGAGGCAUGAUCAGUGUCAACGGAAACAAUGGCGGAUAGAUUUGCCAGCCACUAGUGUGGUGAUCACCUUUCAUAAUGAGGCAAGAUCUGCUUUACUUCGAACUGUUGUCAGUGUCCUUAAAAAAAGCCCAUCACAUCUUAUUAAGGAAAUCAUACUAGUAGAUGACUACAGUAAUGAUCCUGAUGAUGGUGCUCUAUUGGGAAAAAUUGAAAAAGUGCGAGUUCUUCGAAAUGAUCGCCGAGAAGGCUUGAUGCGCUCCCGGGUCAGAGGGGCAGAUGCAGCACAGGCAAAAGUACUUACUUUCCUGGAUAGUCACUGUGAAUGCAAUGAACACUGGCUGGAGCCACUUUUGGAAAGAGUAGCUGAGGACAAGACCAGAGUUGUGUCUCCUAUUAUUGAUGUAAUUAAUAUGGACAACUUCCAGUACGUGGGGGCAUCAGCUGAUUUAAAAGGCGGCUUUGACUGGAACCUGGUAUUCAAAUGGGAUUACAUGACACCAGAGCAAAGAAGAGCACGGCAAGGAAACCCAGUUGCUCCCAUAAAGACACCCAUGAUAGCUGGUGGGUUAUUUGUGAUGGACAAAUCCUAUUUUGAAGAACUGGGGAAGUAUGACAUGAUGAUGGAUGUUUGGGGUGGAGAAAACUUAGAGAUCUCAUUCCGAGUUUGGCAAUGUGGUGGGAGCCUAGAAAUCAUCCCUUGCAGCAGAGUGGGGCAUGUAUUCCGCAAGCAACAUCCGUACACGUUUCCUGGUGGGAGUGGUACCGUAUUUGCAAGAAAUACACGCAGGGCGGCAGAAGUCUGGAUGGAUGAGUACAAGAAUUUCUAUUAUGCAGCAGUGCCUUCAGCCAGGAAUGUACCUUAUGGAAAUAUUCAAAGCCGAAUGGAACUCAGAAAAAGACUUAGCUGCAAACCCUUCAAGUGGUAUCUUGAAAAUGUUUAUCCUGAGUUACGGGUCCCUGAUCAUCAAGAUAUAGCUUUUGGGGCUUUGCAGCAGGGUACCAAUUGCCUUGAUACUUUGGGCCAUUUUGCAGAUGGUGUUGUUGGAGUUUAUGAAUGUCAUAAUGCCGGAGGAAACCAGGAAUGGGCCUUAACAAAGGACAAGUCAGUGAAACACAUGGAUUUGUGCCUUACUGUUGUGGACAGAGCACCUGGUUCACUAAUAAAACUUCAGGGCUGCAGGGAAAAUGACAGCAGACAGAAAUGGGAACAAAUUGAAAGCAACUCUAAACUGAGGCACGUUGGCAGCAACCUCUGUCUAGACAGCCGAAAUGCCAAAAAUGGUGGUCUCACUGUUGAGAUCUGCAGUCCUUCUUUAUCACAACAGUGGAAAUUCACACUUAAUCUGCAGCAGUAGAACUUACAAGCAAAAUGCUGUUUCAACUUAUAGACAUCGGGCAAAGUUUUUGAUUGAAUUACUGAUGUAUUUCUUAAAACUUUCCACGGAACUUAUAUACCUCAGUAUUCCAUCUUUAUCUGAAAGUAGGAGAGUGCUGAAGCGGACGCCAGGGAACAGGUGGACUCGGAGCACUGCAAAGAUUUCACUGAACGUGGCUGCAGCACAGCUUCUGCUUGGUGUGAAGACUGUAACAGUUCCUUUCUGUCUUCAGUUACAUACUUGCACAGCAGAUAACUAACUCUAGG